ACCCAGAUACGAACCAACAAUCUGAAUACUGUUCAAAAAAAUGCCAAAAACAAGCGGUAAAAUUAAAAUUGGUCGAAGCAUGUAAAAUAUGUGAAUGUUAUCCAAGAAUGCUUGAAUACGGGCAAAGAGUGAAUUGGUGUAGUUUAGAAUGCAAAAAACAGUUCUUGGAAGAAAAUCCAAAUUUCAAACAAAUGAAGAUACCAAGUAAAAUAAAAAAGUUAACAAAUAAAAUGAGCAAUAUUAAUAUAGCAGCAAAAGAUGUUGAAGAUCUCCCACCACCACCUUCAUUUGAAGAAAGUCUUGGGGCUGAACAAGUAUCUGAGAAGAUAAGAGAAAUUCAGACCUUAAAUUAUUAUCCACAAUCUGUUCCAACAAACGUUCCGAUAAAUUUUAUAGUAAAUGAAAAAUCAUCUAUUAGCAAUAUGGACUUUAAAAAUGACAUUAGUCACGCUAGCAAUAAUAUGAAUCAGAUUAGCAAUAACACGAACAAUAUAAAGAGUCCUGUUAUUCAACAAAAGAGCCCUGUUAUUCAACAAGAGAGUCCUGUUAUUCAACAAAAGAGCCCUGUUAUUCAACAAGAGAGUCCUGUUAUUCAACAAAAGAAUCCUGUUAUUCAACAAAAGAGUCCUAUUAUUCAACAAGAAAGUCCUGUUAUUCAACAAAAGAGUCCUAUUAUUCAACAAAAGAGUCCUAUUAUUAAACAACAGAGCCCUAGUGUUCAAGAGCAGAGUUUCGAUAUUCCUGAUGCACAACCGGAUUCAGAUGCCCAAUUUGAUGAAGGAGAAAACAUCAUAUAUGCGGCACCACAUCAACCAGUAGUCCAAAAACCACCCCCAUCUCCACCACCACAGUAUGUGUAUGUGAAUAAUCCUAACCCACAGCCAAUUUAUGUCAAUAACGCAGUCGUAAAUCCUGUUAAUGCAUAUACAAUGCGACCGAUUGUUCCUCAAAUUCCGUCUGGCAACGUAGUUUAUCUUAAUAAUAAUAAUAUGAUCGGAUCGACUUCUACUCCACAAAUGCAACCUAAAAUUGUUUCUGCUUUUCCGGUAGUAACACCUCAAUUGGUAAAUCAAAUCCAACCCGUUAAGCAAAACGUUAAAAUGGUUCAAUGCCCAAUUCAACAGCCACCAAUUCAAUCAAUUCAACAGCAACAACAAAUUCCAACUAUUCAACAAUCACAAAUGUUUGCCACUACACCAGUUGUUGUGCCUACAUAUAUAGAUGGAAAAAAUAUAAUUCAAUCUCAACAGAUUCAACAACAGAUGCCGAUGCCGAUGCCGAUGCCACAGCCGUAUCAACAACGAAUUCAACAACAAAAUCUGUCACAAAAUCAACCACUGAAUAUACCAUUAAAUCGACCACUGAACAUACCACAAAAUCGACCAUUGAAUGGAUCACAAAAUCUACCACUAAACGUACCACUAAAUCAACCACUGAAUAGACCACCAAAUCAACUACAGUUUCGACCACAAUACCAGCAGAAUCAAUAG